CCGUGAUCCUCGACAGGCAGGCAGUGGGGAAAGAAAGUACGACACAGCCAACAAGGUGGCAGCCCUGGCUCUGAAGUAGAAUUAUGUGGUUCAAGCAGAUUGAAAGAGAAAAUCAUAGGACUUUUUCCUGCCAUCAGACAUGAAUCAGGUUCAAUGGGAUGUGGUAAUAGGUCUUUACAUCCUCUUCAGCUGGUGUCAUGGAGGAAUUACAAAUAUAAAGUGCUCUGGCCACAUCUGGAUAGAACCAGCCACAGUUUUUAAGAUGGGUAUGAAUAUCUCUGUGUAUUGCCAAGCAGCAAUUAGGAACUGCCAACCAAGGAAACUUAAUUUUUAUAAAAAUGGCGACAAAGAAGUGUUUCAUAUCUCAAGGAUUAAUAGAACAACAGCUCGGCUUUUGUACAGAAACUUUUCAGAACCACGUGCUUCAGUGUACUGCACUGCAGAAUGUCCAGGACUUUUUCAAGAGACACUGAUAUGUGGAAAAGACAUUUCUUCUGGAUAUCCACCAGAUAUUCCAGACGAGGUAACCUGUGUCAUACAUGAAUAUUCAGGCAACAUGACUUGCACCUGGAAUCCUGGGAGGCUCACCCACAUAGACACAAAGUAUGUGGUGCAUGUAAAAAGUUUAGAGACAGAGGAAGAGCAACAAUAUAUCACCUCAAGUUAUAUUAACAUCUCCACGGAUUCAUUACGAGGUGGCAAGAAGUAUUUGGUUUGGGUCCAAGCUACAAAUGCACUAGGCAUGGAGGAGUCACAACAAUUGCAAAUCCACCUGGAUGAUAUAGUGAUACCUUCUGCAUCUGUCAUAACCAAGGCUGAGAAUAUAAACACUACCGUGCCCAGAACCAUAGUUCACUGGACUAGCGAAACAACAAUUGAAAAGGUUUCCUGUGAAAUGAGAUACAAGGCAACCACAAACCAAACCUGGAAUGUUAAAGAGUUCCACACCAAUUUUACAGAUGUACAACAGUCUGAAUUCUACCUGGAGCCAAAUAUUAAGUAUGUAUUUCAAGUGAGAUGUCAAGAAACAGGUAAAAGGUACUGGCAGCCCUGGAGUUCACCGUUUUUCCAUAAAACACCUGAAGCAGUUCCCCAGAUCACACCAAAGUCAUCUCAGCCUGGCGCUCAUAAUUCCCGGCUUCUGAGGGCUUCCAUCUUUAAAGAACAUCUCACUUCAGACCACAAGCAAGACGUUGGAUUUUUGUUGGGAAUGGUCUUCACUGUUACGUUCUCAGUUCUUUCUUUGAUUGGGAUAUUUAACAGAUCACUCCGGACUGGAAUUAAGAGGAAAAUCGUAUUGCUAAUGCCAAAGUGGCUUCAUGAAGAUAUUCCUAAUAUGGAAAACAGUAAUGUUGCGAAAAUGCUCCAGGAACAAAGUGAUUUUAUCAAUCAUAAUUCCAGUGAGCAGGUCCUGUAUGUUGAUCCUCUGAUUACAGAGAUAAGAGAAAUCUUUCUCCCAGAAGAAUCCAAACCCACUGACUACGAGCAGGAAAAGAAUACGGGAUCCCUUGAGACAGGAGACUGCCCGCAAAAUCCACUGUUUGCCAGUACUACGGUUGUGUAUAUCCCUGAUCCCAACGCUGGGUAUAAACCCCAAAUUUCAAAUCUUCUCCCCGGGGAAAACCAUCUCAGCAACAAUGAUGACAUCACUUCCUCAACUCUUAAACCACCGGCUGAUUCCUUAAACCUGGAAAAGAAUGCCAGAUUAAAAAAAUAUCCUAAUUUUGCUUUUUCUAUUUCAAGUAUAAAUUUGCUAAGCAACUCACCAUUUCUUGAAGAAUUAGACCUCAUUCUAAAUCUAGAAGACUGUAGUCCUUCUGCAAGACGAAACUCAGCAGAGGAAACUACUACACUCUUGGAAAAUGACUCACCCAGUGAAACUAUUCCAGGACAGACCUGGCUAUCGGAUGAAUUGGUUUCCUGCUUGGGGAUCGUGAAUGAGGAGUUGCCAGCUAUUAAUCCUUAUUUCCCACAAAAUAUUUUGGAAAACCACUUCAAUAGGAUUUCACCCUUAGAAAAGUAGAGUUAUGUGGUCAAAAUCAAUAUGGGAAGAUGGUUUUGCAAUUGGAAGUUGGAGCUUCCUCUUACUGAAAAUCUAAUUCCGCUUCAUUUUUAAACUUUAGAGAAUUGAGAUUCAAAAAUGAAAAGCUCUUAGGGUCAUAAAAAGAGGAGUAAUAUUAAGGAUACUUUCUGCAUUUUUUUUCAGUUAUCAGCCAUUCUUUAUUUUACCUCACUAAAAGAUGCAGAACAACUCUGUUGUUUAAAGAAAAAAAUAAUACAGAAUAGGUGGUAGUGAAAUAAAUGCUGAUAACAGUUUAAAGUAGAAAUACUAAUACUUUGUUUGCAAAGGAAGAAACAAAAAAAAUUUUUAAGUUUUAAGUUUUAUGCUGUAGAGUA